CAAAUUUGAUUAUGCAAAUCUAUCACAAAUGCAGCAUAUUAUUAUUCACUGUUUUGUAUAGUUGAAAUUUAUUUAUAUUUUUAGAAAUUACAGAAUUCAUUAAGACACCUUCCACUGCUCAACCUGGUACAUUUGACAUUCUUAAACUUGCACUAACACAUAUGACUAUUAAUGAAUUAAUAUAUUGUGAUUUUCUACUUUUGAUUCAGCAGAAGCCGUGCCGCCGUCAGUGGCCCUCGGCACACCCCGACAGCAGCCCUUGGACACGCCCCCGACAGAGGCCCUCGGCACGCCCCCAACAGCGGCCCUCAGCAUGCCCCGACUGCGGCUAUUGACUACUCUUUGAAAUUUAAGCACUUUGCAAAAGAAUGGAAUCCUAUCCAGGACAAACUGCUCAAUUAUGUGCUGGACACAGAAGCAGAAAUUAUUGUGAAAGAAGGGCCUUUAUGUAUCACACGUGAAGAAUUCUGGAGCCUGGGGUUGCUAAGAGACAUGGAUUAUCAUAUUGGGAAUGCCUGCUUUAAAUUGAUUCAUGAAGCAGCUCAUCAACGUGGCAAAGACAUUUAUAUAGAGGACAUGUUCGUUGUUCCUACAUGGAAGGAUACACAAAGCAACAUCACUGCCAACUUUCCAGGCUUGCCACGCCAGAUCUGUUGGAAUGACUGUGGGAUUUUUAUGCUUAUGUAUACCCUUUCCAUUGUGACAAGCACAGGGUUUCAAUUCCAGGAGAUGGACAUGCCUUUGAUUCGGAAGUGGUGGUGUCUUCUAAUGGAGCGUUUUAAAAUUGAUGGGUAUGGCCAGAGGUUUCAGCCAAUAUUCAGAGUGCCAAGGAAGUGUGCCAUCACUGAGAAAAUUCCAGCCCACAUGCAGGCUGUCUUUGACCGCACUGCAGAAGAAAAGAGACUGGUGGACUUCAUUGUACAUUCACCGGGAGCUGAACAGCAUUUGGACGUACUCAGCGGGAAGACUUCAAAGUGGUAUCCUCCGAAGUCCUUUCGCCCGGUGCCUGUCUACCUUGACAGUGAAGAACAGCAGGACAACCUUUUUACUUUUCUGAAGUCAGUACUACAUAAAACAACUAUGCACCUGAGCUUCACGGAUGAAGUGGUGUUCUAUUUCCAGAGGAAUGCAUAACAAUAUAAUGUAUUGUGCAUGUUUCUGCCCUUUCAAACCCUACUGUAUAUUAUACCUUAUGCUACUUAUGUACAGACCUGUGUAUAUUUCAAUUAACAAUUUUCUUUUGAUAUGCCAUCAUAUAUGGCCUGGCUGGCUUCAGAAUUUGUCUCUGCAGGAUGCUAAGCAGGCCUUCCUCUCUCGUCCUGAUUAUCAUCACAGUGAAGUGGAAGAAUUUAAUAGGUUGAUAGAGAAACAAUUGAGAAAAAAGUGGAGAGCAUCCAGGUGGUGGGUGGUGCUGCUGCAUACAUCACAAUGUGUGCUUUACAUAUUUAAAGGUCAGGAAAAGUCAUGUCAGUAAUAUGUUAUUUCUAUUCAGAUUUCUUGCAUCUCUCUCUACACUCUCAGAAAAAAAAGGUACAAAAGCUGUCACUGGGGUGGAACCUUUUCAAAAUGUACACCUUUUUGUACCCUUUAGGUAC